GGGACCCGGGGCCCCGCCGCCCGCGCCCGCCGCCCGGGACCCCGCCGCGGGCAAUCUAGAACCUAUGGCUGUCUUUUCAGUCUUUCAGACAACAUUCUUCUUGGCAUUGCUGUCCUUGAGAACUCUCCAGAGUGAAGUUUUGUCUGAACCUUUGCCAUGGGCCCCUGAAUCCUUGAAAGUUUCCAUCAAUUCUACACAUCAGUGUUUGCAUUUACAAUGGAGUGUCCACAACCUUGCUUAUCAUCAGGAAUUAAAAAUGGUUUUUCAGAUAGAAAUCAGUCGAAUUAAAACAUCUAAUGUCAUCUGGGUGGAGAACUAUAGCACCACUGUGAAGGGGAACCAGCUUCUGCACUGGAGCUGGGAAUCCCAGCUGCCUUUGGAAUGUGCGAAACAUUUUAUAAGAAUGAGGAGUGCGGUGGAUGAUGCCACAACCCCUGAGCAGAGGUUCUGGAGCAACUGGAGUUCCUGGGAGGAAGUGGAUGUACAGAAUUCUCUUGGACACGAGCCAUUGUUCGUUUUCCCUAAAGAUAAGCUGGUGGAAGAAGGCUCCAAUGUCACCAUUUGUUACGUUUCUAGGAGCCAGCAAAAUAACAUAUCCUGUUAUUUGGAAGGCGUCCGGAUGCAGGGGCAGCAGCUCGAUCCAAAUGUCUCCAUGUUCAACUUGCACAAUGUUGCCUUCAUUAGGGAAACGGGGACAAAUAUCUAUUGUAAGGUGGACCGAGGAGAUGACAUAAAGGGCAUCGUUCUCUUUGUGUCAAAAAUACUUGAGGAGCCCAAGGAUUUUUCUUGUGAAACCCGGGACUUUCAGACCUUGAGCUGUACUUGGGAUCCCGGGAGAGACACUGGCUUGCUCAAGCAGCUUCCCCAAAGCUACACUUUAUUCGAAUCAUUUUCUGGGAAAAAGACACUUUGUAAACACAAAGGCUGGUGUAAUUGGCAAGUAGCUCCAGAGUCCCAAGAAAUGUAUAACUUCACCCUCACGGCCGAAAACUACUUAAGAAAGAGAAGUGUCCACAUUCUUUUUAACCUGACUCAUCGAGUGCACCCAAUGGCUCCCUUUAAUGUAUUGUUUAAAGAUGUAAGUGUCACAAAUGCCACCAUGACCUGGAAGGUACACUCCACUGGGAAUUAUUACACACUGUUGUGCCAAGUUGAACUCUAUGGUGAAGGAAAAGUGAUACAAAAGCACAAUGUUUCCGUCAAGGUGAAUGGGGAGCUCGUCUUAAGUGGUCUGGAGCCAGACACAGAGUACUCGGCCCAGGUCCGCUGUGCUAAUGCCAACCACUUCUGGAAAUGGAGUGAGUGGACUCGUCAGAACUUCACCACAGUGGAAGCUGCUCCCUCGGAGGCUCCUGACGUCUGGAGAAAUGUGAAGUCAGUGCAGGGAUAUUGUGUUGUGACUUUAUUCUGGAAGCCACUCUCAAGAUUGCAGGCCAAUGGGGAGAUCCUGUUCUAUAACAUCGUCGUCGAAGAUCUGGACAGACCGUCUGGAUUGCAGCUCCUGUCCGUUCCGGCCCCCGCCAACCGCACAGAACUAACCCUCGACCAGCGUGCUUACCAGAUCCACGUGACGGCCAAUAACAGUGUGGGCACGUCCCCCGCCUCGGUCCUCGUGGUCUCUGGAGAUCCUGGAGAUGAAGAAGUUGAGGAAGAAAGAGUCAAAGGCACAGAAGAUGGAUUCUCUCUGUCAUGGAAACCCCAACCAGGAAACAUCACGGGCUACAUUGUGGAGUGGUGUGACCGUCCCCGGGACCCGCUCUGUGACCUCCAGUGGAAACACCUAGGUCCCAACACCACAAGCACAGUUAUUAGCUCAGAUGCUUUUAGACCAGGGGUCCGCUACAACUUCAGAAUUUAUGGAAUUUCUACAGAAAUGGUUCCUUAUCUAUUAGAGAAAAAAACAGGAUACUCCCAGGAGCUGGCUCCUUCGGACAACCCUCGAGUGGUCAUGAGUAACCUGACCUCCCACUCCUUCACUCUGAGUUGGAAGGAUUAUUCCACUGAAUCCCAGCCCAGUUUUAUCCGAGGGUACCACGUCUACCUGAAAUCCAAGGCGGGGCAGUGCCACCCAGGAUCUGAAAAGGCAGUUCUUUCAGAUGAUUCAGUGUGUUGCAAGUACAAAAUUGACGACCCAAAACAAAAGAUGUUCGUCGUGGGAAACCUCCAGCCAGAAUCCUUCUAUGAGUUCCUGGUCACCCCGUACAGCGCUGUGGGCGAGGGCCCCCAUGGCGCUUUCACAAAGGUCACGACUCCCGAUGAAUACUCCCCUAUGCUGAUACGUAUCAUACUCCCUAUGAUUUUCUGCAUUUUGCUCAUCAUGAUCCUAUGCUACUUGAAAAGUCAGUGGAUGAAGGAGAAGUGUUAUCCUGACAUUCCAGAUCCUUACAAGAGCAGUGUUCUGUCAUUAAUAAAAUCCAAGGAGAAUCCUCGCCUAACAAUUAUGAAUAUCAAAGACUGUGUUCCAGACACUAUUGAAGUUGUAAACAAGCACGAAGGCACUGGGAAGUCACCCACAGAACCUGAGGCUGCCAAGCCCACCUACCUUUACCUCCUCCCAGCAGAGGAGAGCUACUCCGGCCCUGGCCCCUGCAUCUGUUUUGAGAACUUUACCUAUAAUCAGGCAGCUUCUGACUCUGCUUCCUGUGGCCAUGUCCCAGUACCCACGAAAGCCCCAAGUCAGCUGGGACUGUUGACAUCAUCUGAAAAUUUACUAACGGCACUAGAAAAAAACUGCAUGAACUCCUUAGAAGAAAUCCCAGCUGGAGAAAGUAGUUUGAAUUAUGUAUCCCAGGUGGCUUCACCCGUGUCUGGAGAUAAGUCCAGUCUCCCCACAAAUCCACCACAGCCAGAACUCUGUUCAGAAUAUAAAAUGCAAAUGGCCAUACCCUUGGGCCUUGCCGCUCCUUCUUCGAGCGGGAGUAGCAGCCUGUCUUCCAUUACCCUUUUAGACGAAGGUGAACACUACCACUGACCAGUAUACCCAUCGCAUGCCUUUAUGCUACAUAGACGCGAAAAAGGAGCAUCGACGGCACCAUUCCACCACCAGAUGCCUCGGCACCUAAUUCCAGUGAGCGGUCACCGUUGACAUAUGAGACCUCUACAGUCUGGCUCGGUCUCAAAGGUCAGAAGCUGUGGAACUUAACAUCUCUCCUUGGGGCAGACUUGCCGUAGAAAUGGCAGGGUCACAGAAGUAGGCUUACCUUGCUGCUGUGUGUUCCAGGCUCACCUUUGCAACAGCAGGCCGGUCACUUGACAUGCGGAUAGACCUUGCCCAGUCAGUACUGGACAGCGUGGCUAUGGUCCUAGGAGUUCAGUUUUUAGUGAGGAAAUAUUUCCCUUAAGUUUUACCCCUAUGCUCAGUAUCUUAAGGGUAAAGGAACUAGAUUUAAGGUUUUGAUAAAGGCCACAGAAGAUUUACUACUAGAGCAUAAGUUGUCAAUGUUAAUUUAUUCUGGGUGUGUUUAAUGAAAAAGUCACAGAUGUUUGAGAGUAAAACAGAUUUUAGACUUGCCUUGAAGUGAUAACAAUUUGUAGUUCGUUGAUGCAGUAAAAUGAACCCUCCUGGGGGCACGGACCUUAUCUGAUAGGUAAGACAUGUGAAUAAUCAGUAAGAUUCCCACAACUGCAUUUCCAUUUAGCUUACUAUAGUUAAAGAGUGGGAUUGGCAAGGAACUCUUGACUGUGUCAAGAUAACACUACUUGGUAGACAUCAGUCUUUGACCAUAAUUUUUGACAACUACCUCAGAAUAGAAAAAAGAAAACGUUAUUAUAAAUUCCAUUCACAUUUUAUGGUUCCUCUUUUUUUUAAGAACUAAUAUAUAAAUGACCUGUUUUCAUUUAGUCCCCUUUGGUCUUUGCAAUUGUCUGGGUCAAGAAAACCUUCACGGUCUCAUUUAUACUCCUAUUAUGCUAACAAUGAAUAUAAGGAAAGGUCAUUGUUGGACAUGGUUUAGAGAUAAUUGUAAAAAGCUAUAUAGUGGGAAAUUCUAUAUUCUCUCAGCAGCAGCCUUGUCUCUUUGAAUCAAUAUAUACGAUGCACCUGAUGCACAACAGGUGUUCAAUACACACCGGUUCCUUUCUCUUCCUUCUACUCAUCAGCACUUUAUCACAUUUCUAAGCAAGGAUGACUAGGAGUUCCUUGUUUGCUGUGCUGGAAAUGACACCAUCUAGGCCUCUGGUACCAAAUGCCCAGCACUGUUCAUCACCACCAUGGAACCAAGAGUGAGAGCAGAAGACCCACAUCUCCAAAUAAGGGUCAACUAGCCUAAAUAUAUCAACACAAACUAGGACUUCUGUUUAGGUUUAUUCAGCUUUUUCCUUACACAGAACUGAAACUUUGGCUGGAAAAAAACGGUCAUGUAUUGCCAACAUAAUACAACAAGUUAUCUUGGUUAGUCUGAUAGUUUCCAGAUGACUUUGGGGGCCAGUAUUGUCAUCAUUCAGCCCAUUUGUUGCUUUCUCAUGAUACAAUUAAUAAAAGAAAUGUCAAUGGCAGUGAAGACUGACUUGUAAAUAGUGUCUUUUAUAUAGAUUUUCUUUUAAAAAUAACCCAUGAAACCUUGAAGUCAUUUGUGUCACAAAAAGCUGUAAUUAAAAUAUUUCACCACUG